UGUCCACAUAUCCCCUCCCAGAGAUGCCGUGACAGCGAUGGCGGCCGCCCGCUUGUUUACAGUCUAACUUGCUCGCCCGUCUUUGUCCGAGCGCCCAGACUCCGGCCCGUCGGCGAGGCGCAGCUCUCAGGGGUGUCGCGCCCCCCGCCAGGGUGCUCCGCUGGCAGCCCGUGGGUGAGCGAUGCUGGUGGCCGGGGGCCGGUUGCUAGGAUGUCAUGGUUCUUCCCCUGGUCGAGCUCCAUUAAGAAGCGGGCCUGCCGCUACCUGCUGCAGCAUUACCUGGGCCACUUCUUCGAGGAGCGGCUCACUUUGGAGCAGCUCAGCCUGGACCUGUACAACGGCAGCGGCGGCAUCCGGGACGUGCAGCUCGACGUCUGGUCCCUGAACGAGUUCCUGGACUCGCUGGGUGCGCCGCUGGAGAUCACCGAUGGCUUUAUCAGCAGCAUCUCGGUGACCAUCCCCUGGUCUGCCCUCAUCACUGACAACUGUACCGUGGAGGUGUCGGGACUGCAGAUCACGUGCAGACCCAAGUACUGCUUUGCAGCCCCAGGGACCGAGUCUCCCAGCUGGUCAUCAUGCAUGACCACGAGCAUGCAGCUGGCCAAGGAGUGCCUGCAAGAGCAGUCCGAGGAGCCCACACAGCCCUUGGAGGGGCUCGAGAUGUUUGCACAGACCAUUGAGACUGUGCUGAGGAAGAUAAAAGUGACGUUCCUGGAUACCAUCGUGCGAGUAGAACACACCCCCGACGGCUCCAGGACUGGUGUGGCCCUGGAGGUGCACAUAAAGAGGUUGGAGUACUGUGACGAAGCUGUGAAGGACUCAGUCAGCACGUCGAAGAAGGACCCCAUACCCAUCGACAUCCACCAGCCCCCUGCGUUCGUUCACAAGGUGCUACAGUUUUCCGGCGUGCUGGUACAUUACGAGGAUGUCUUUGAGCAGGAAGUGGAUCCCCCACUAUCAUCGCCUGUACCGCAGCAGGAGGAACCCAACGCCGAGCCCGGUGAGGAGCCCGACCAUCCCCCCGACACCGGCAGCAGGACUGCGGAGCGGAGGUCUGCGGUGGUACCUUCUCAGCUGGUGCAGAUCGGCAGCUGUACGGGCUGCGUGGAGAUGACCAUGAAACUCAAGCAGAAUGAUGCUCUCCCUGGACCGAAGUUGGAACUGGAUGGAAAGAUGGGCUCACUGCACUUGUUCAUCAGUCCUCACCAGCUCUCCAACUUGACAGAUCUUCUCGGCACACUGAGCCUUUCAGAGGUGAGUGGAUUGACGGAAAAGCUGAGCAAGAGUCGGCCGCUCGACCCUGAGGAUUUCAAAUUGAUUGAGCAGGACCUCAACAAGCAGCUUCACUCGGGCCAGAGUCUGGCGCGCACUCGUGCCGAAGAGUUCGAAUCGCUCACGGGCACCGAGAACGGGGUGUCUUCGGAGAUGUUCUUCUCCAUGGCCCCGAUGACGAGUAGUGUGGCCUCCGUGCAGACGGUGAGCGAGCUGUCGGACGUGGACCUGGGAGGCUCAAUGUACAGUGAUUACAGCAGCUCCCCUCUGCAGGCGCCCUCGCUGGGCACAGGCCUGAUGAUGGGUUCACCGCGACGCGGCGGGGGCUCGCUCUUUCCCUCCACUCUCCCCAAUUUACAGAACAUGAACAGACAGCAAGGCAGGUCCCAGCAGCCUGCGUCACUGGACAGCGUGAAGACCGAGCUGCUGCUCAAACUGACCUUUGGCGGGCUCACGGCCACGCUGCUGCACCUGGACCGCGUGCCGCCUGCCGCCCCGGCCUCCCUCCCCGCGGCCGCCCGCCACUACUUCACCGAGCUGACCUACUUCAGGGACACCAUCUUCGGAGGCUGCGACUUCACCCACCUGAGGAGGCAGUUUGAGAAGGCCUGUCCCCGGAAUAACAUCAGGCUGAUUGGCAGCGCGGUGCAGCUGGCUUGUGAACAGAAGGCAGGCAGAGGCGUGCAGCUGCUCUGUGCGGACGCCUGCUUCGGCGCACUGGAGGUACUGGAGAGCCUGUGGCCUGAAGGGACACAGCAGAGGGCCGAGUACACAGAGCUGCUGAUCUUCAGGAGGUCACCCCCAGUGUCUGGCGAAUCCAGUGCCUGCCCCUGUGCUCAGGUCCACUACAGACAGACAUGCAGGACAGAAGGCAAGGGCGCUCGGAGGAGAUCAGGCACAAAGUGCAGUGCGGAGCUGGUGAUCGAGCUCCAGGAGGCCCACGCGGACAUUGACGUCGGCUUCCUGGACAGGGUAGACCCCCUGCUGCAGAUGUGGCCAACGCGAGAGAGAGAGUUCGUGGCAGAGCAGUCCAGGCCUGCGGAGCCGACGCUGCUCUCUGGAUUGUCUGCUCGCCGGGCCGACCCGCCUCCCGCCCAGGGGCGUCCGACGGCCGUGCGGAUCACGGCGCCCAGAGCCCACUUCCGGCUGCAGUUCCCCGUGCCGGACCUGCGCCCCGAGGGGGAGCGCCGCCCCUGGUUCCAGAAGGCCGUCAGGAAGGAGAGCCUGCGGCUCGAGUGUAAAGACCUGGUCUUCAAAUCCGAGCUCGGGGUCAGUUCCGCCACUGAUCCCGUCAAAUACGAGCUCAGCUUCAACGAGCUGCACGGUAUCUAUGAAGACGGGCUGAAGCCUGGCGUUUCGUGCAUUCGAGUCAACAAAGCAAGUGAUAAAGUACCCGGUGCAAAGUACACAACCCCCAAGAUAGUACUGACGGUAAACCCGGACUACAGCGGCUCCCAGUGGGAUCUGCUCAUGGAGAAGACAGACGACAUUGACCUCUCGACCGUGGAAAGUCCCUGUGAGCUGAAGCAGCCCGAACCCUCUCCGUUCUCGUCCAAGCGCACCAUGUACGAAACAGAGGAGAUGGUGAUCCCGGGAGAGCCUGAGGAGAUGGCGGAAUUUCAGUCUGAGACGCUGGCCUCUUCCCAGUACAUCCUGGAGCUGACCCUGCCCGCCCUGCACCUGCUGCUUCCCAGUAAGGAAUUCUAUGAGAGCGUCUACAACAGGUUUAAUAAUGACUUGCUGAUGUGGACGCCGACGGGGCCGUCUCUGAGCAGCACCUCACAGAGCACCGACACCACUGGGAUCAACCCUCUGCCGCUGGAUUCGAUUUUGGCAGCCCCCUUUGCACAAGACAACUUUCGGCUCUGCAAGUCGGCAUUCAGGCUGGACUCUGACUCGGAAGACGAGGAUUCGCACUUCUACUUGAAUGAGGAGUCUGGAAGGAGAAGGAAGAUGGACGGCCGGAGGGGUCACGCGCAGAGCUUCGUGUCGGCCGUCAUGAAUGUCGGAAAAGGGAGGGUGACAGUCCUCACGGACUCGAAGGGGGAGGCAGGGAAGGCGGUCAGCGGCUUUCACGGAGAACUGGUCCUCGACGUGGAGAACAGCACCAUCUUCAGUGUGUCGCAGUACAAGGGCCAACUGGAACUGGGCUACCUCUGCAUCGAGUCCAGCAAAGUGUCCCUCUACCAGAAAGCUGACGUCGAGGACUGCCCCCUCCCGGAGAGGUUAGAGGUGCCGAGCUUCACUGCCCCGGCGGGGCUAAUCCCAACCAUCCUGUGCACGGACGAGGUGCUGGCCACCGGCUCCUCUGCGGCCCCAGGGCGGAGAGACAGGAGCCUGCGAAUGCUGGCUGUCGCCAUCAAGACCACCCUGGACACCACGAACAAUAUCAAGGAAUUCCUGGUCGCUCUGAGGCUGCAAGGCGCGACCCUGUGUCACCGGAUGGCCCUCACCAACCAGAGCUGGCACGAGCAGCUGAUGGAUUUCUUCGACGUGCUGGAUGACCCAAUCCUGGGCUACGUCCCCCCGACCGUGAUCACCGUCUUACACACCCACCUACUCAGCUGUGCACUCGACUACAGACCCCUCUACCUCCCAGUGCGUGUGCUGAUCACGGCAGAGACCUUCACCUUGUCCAGUAACAUCAUCGUCGACACAGCAACCUUCCACCUUAGGUUCAUUCUGGAUGACUCUGCCGUCUACCUGUGUGACAGGUGCAGCUUAGAAACCGUGGACUUGAAGCGAGAUUACGUGUGCGUGCUGGACAUCGAUCUGCUGGAGCUGGUCAUCACCACAUGGAAGGGAGACCUGUCCGGCAAGCUGGCGCAGCCCCUGUUCGAACUGCGGUGCUCUAACAACGUGGUGCACGUUCACACCUGCGCGGACUCCUGCGCUGCGCUGGCCAACCUCAUCCAGUACGUGGUGAACAGCGGCGACCUUCAUCCUCCCCCCAGGCAGGACACCCCGACCGAGAUCGCCGGGCAGAAGUUGCAGUUGCCAGAGUCAGCGACGCCCCUCCCACCUCGACUCCCAGCGGAGACAGCCGAGAUCAACCAGGGUGACCUGACGGACGCCCUGAUCGACACGGAGCGGAGCCGCAGAGACUCGGCUGAGGGGACAGCAGGUGGGAUGCCGUUACUCCGCCAGGACUCCCCUGUGUCCGUCUAUCUCUUCCCGGGCGAGAACAACCAGGACAAGCCCCCGGCAAAGCCGCCCCCGACGGCCGACCGGCUGGACGCGUUCCCCUGUGAAGGAAGCGAGGCAGGCAGCGACUCCACCGACAACGACGACUUCUGCAUCCUGGACGCGCCGGGAAUGGGCAUUCCGCCCAAAGACGGAGAGCCGAUUGUCUCCAAGCUGACGGAUGACUCCAUCGCGAUCAAGGAUGGUUACUUCUCGCGACCCAUAGGCAGCACGGACCUGCUGAAGGCACCGGCCCGAUUCCCCGUGCCCGACACCCGGAUCAUGCUGAGAGAAAUCUCCGUGGUCUGGCAUCUGUACGGGGGGAAGGACUUCGGCUCAGUCCGCCCAUCUUCCUUCCACUCUCAUUCACCCAGGAUGAAGCCGGUCGCCGUCAGCGCGAGGAGCUCGCCGUCUCGCUCCGCCUUCCCCAACAGGCCGCAGAACACGUGGAGGACGCAGGGGGGCUCGGGACGAAACCACGACAUCCUCAUGGAGAUCCAGCUCACCAAGGUGAGCUUCCAGCAUGAGACGUACCCCGUUGCCACUGCCAUGCCGGAGAAAGGACCAGUGGAGACGCAUGCCCCCGAACUUGAGGAGCUGCCCAUCGCUCGGCAGGUCUUCAUUGUGCAGGAGCUGGAGAUCCGUGACAGGCUGGCCUCUUCGCAGAUUAACAAGUUCCUUUACCUCUACACCAGUGAGAGGAUGCCCAGGAGGGCCCAUUCCAACAUGCUGACCAUCAAGGCCCUCCACGUCAGGCCGGAGUCUGGGCUCGGAGGCCCCGAGUGCUGCCUACGAGUCUCCCUGAUGCCCCUACGCCUCAAUAUUGACCAGGAUGCCUUAUUCUUCCUGAAAGACUUCUUCACUACGUUUGCAACUGGAAUCAAUCCCGUCGUUCCUGUGGAUUCAGCUGUAGAAGCCAAACCUGAAUCCAGCCAGCGGGGCAGUGGAAUCUUCGAGGCCGAUUCCAUCGGCAGGGAGACAGAACCCUGCCAGAGUGGCCUGGAGUUGCCUGAGAUGACCGCCUCGAUGGAGACAGCCUUCAGCGAGCACAGUUCCUCAUCCAGCGCCUCGUCCUCUGAGCAGCCUAUCUAUUUCAGGGAAUUCCGAUUUACCUCAGAGGUACCCAUCUGGCUGGACUAUCACGGAAAGCACGUAACCAUGGAUCAAGGCACCUUCGCUGGAAUACUGAUCGGACUUGCCCAGCUCAACUGCUCAGAACUCAAGCUCAAGAGGCUGUGCUGCAGACAUGGGCUGCUGGGAGUGGACAAGGUGAUCAACUACGCGCUGACCGAGUGGCUGAUUGAUAUCCGGAAGAACCAGUUGCCGGGGAUUCUCGGAGGCGUGGGGCCCAUGCACUCAGUGGUACAGCUGUUUCACGGCCUCCGGGACCUCUUCUGGCUACCGAUUGAACAGUACCGGAAGGAUGGCCGGAUCAUCCGGGGGCUCCAGCGGGGCGCAGCAUCCUUUGGAACCUCCACGGCCUCCGCGGCCUUGGAGCUGAGUAACCGACUGGUGCAAGCUAUUCAGGCUACCGCGGAGACCGUGUACGACAUCUUGUCUCCGACGCCGCCGGUGACCAAGGCAAUCAUGGACCAGAGGUACCUGAAGAGGUACAGGAGAAUACAGCAGCCAGCAGACCUCCGAGAGGGAGUUGCCAAAGCUUACGACACCGUCCGAGAGGGUGUCAUCGACACAGCGCAGACCAUCUGUGAUGUGGCCACCAGGGGACACGAGCAGAAGGGCAUCACAGGAGCCGUGGGAGGAGUCCUGAGGCAGAUCCCGCCCACCGUGGUCAAGCCGCUCAUCGUGGCCUCGGAGGCCACCUCCAAUCUCCUGGGGGGCAUGCGCAACCAGAUCAAGCCAGACGCCCGCAAGGAAGAAAGCCUGAAGUGGCGGACGGACGAGGCUCACGAGUAGCCUGCUAACUCUGCCGGCCCUUCUCUCUGCCCUCCCGUUUUCUAAAAUGCAGAGUCAACCUUGUCGGCUAAAAAGUAAAAGUGCCAUUAGCUUCUGCGUUACGUCGGCGGCAAAGGUGGACGCAGAGAUAGACGCUGUCCGCGUGGAGUAAUUCGUCGCCGGGGACGUGUGCGAUGAUGUCGGGAGAGCAGGAGUGGUUCCUCCCCACCCCCCCCCGGCACACCACGUGCCCCGCGAAUGCACAGACCCGUGUUUCCCUUCCCUCUCCCAGGUGUGUGUGUGUAUGUGCGUGUGAAUGUGUACGAGAGUUCGGUGGGAGCUAACUGUUAUAAGGGGGAAGAGGUAAAGAAGAACUGGGGGAAUUUUCACCACAGCUCCUGUGCUUGGCAUAAUAGGGGUGGGUACAAAAUAAAUUCAUAAAAUCUAUAAAUUA